ACCGCCAGUCCCUCACCGUCAGUCCCUCACCGUCAGUCCCUCGCAUUCUGUCCCUCACCGCCAGUCCCUCACCGUCUCAGAGCACUGCACACGCAGGAUGAAGCUGAAGCUGAAGAACCCCGGGCUGGAGGACCGGAUCCCCUCCCACACCCAGUUGGAGAAGAUGGAGGAGGUGGAGGCUGGAGACCGGCCGCAGUGGGACAACAAAGCCCAGUACAUGCUGACCUGUGUGGGGUUCUGCGUGGGACUGGGGAACGUCUGGAGGUUCCCCUACCUGUGCCAGAGUCAUGGGGGAGGAGCGUUUAUGAUCCCGUUUCUGCUUCUGCUGGUUCUGGAGGGAAUUCCUCUGCUGCACCUGGAGUUCGCUAUCGGACAGCGGCUGAGGAGAGGCAGCAUCGGCGUCUGGAGGUCCAUCAGCCCUUACCUGAUCGGAGUCGGUAUCGCCUCCAUGCUCUGCUCCUUCGUAGUGGGGAUGUACUACAACACCAUCAUGGCCUGGGUCAUGUGGUACUUCUUCAACUCCUUCCAGGACCCGCUGCCCUGGAGCCAGUGUCCUCUAAACGACAACAGGACAGGUUACGUGUCGGAGUGCGCCCGCAGUUCCCCGGUGGAUUAUUUCUGGUAUCGGGAGACGCUGAACAUCUCGAGUCGGAUCGAGGACUCCGGGGGGCUGCAGUGGUGGAUGGUGCUGUGUCUGAUUGGGGCCUGGGUUCUUCUCUGGGUUUGCGCCAUCCGGGGAAUUGAGACCACAGGGAAGGCUGUGUACAUCACCUCCACCCUGCCGUACGUCGUUCUCACCAUCUUCCUGAUCCGAGGUCUGACCCUCAAAGGUUCUGUGGACGGGAUUAUUUACCUCUUCACUCCAGACGUGGACGAGCUGAUGAACCCCAGCACCUGGCUGGAUGCUGGAGCUCAGGUGUUGUUCUCCUUCUCGCUGGCGUUUGGGGGUCUUAUCUCCUUCUCCAGCUACAACCCCGUGCACAACAACUGUGAGAAAGACGCCGUUAUAAUCUCCAUCAUAAACGGCCUCACCUCCGUCUACUCCGCCACCGUCAUCUACUCCAUCAUCGGCUUCCGAGCCACCGAGAAAUACGACGUCUGCGUCGCAGGGAACAUCCUGGCCCUGCUGAACGCGUUCGACCUUCCGGAAGGAAACAUCUUGGACAGUAACUAUACGGAAGCCCUACAGACCCUCAACAGCACUGCACCUGAAAUCGUCCAGGGGCUCAACCUGACCACCUGUGAGUUGAGGACCUUCCUCAGCGAGGGGGUGGAGGGUACCGGCCUGGCCUUUAUCGUGUUCACUGAGGCCAUCACCAAGAUGCCCAUCGCUCCUCUGUGGUCAGUGCUCUUCUUCAUCAUGCUCUUCUGUCUGGGACUCUCCACCAUGUUCGGGAACAUUGAAGGAUGUGUGGUUCCUCUGCAGGACCUGAACAUUCUGCCCAGGACCUGGCCUAAAGAGGUCUUCACAGGUGUGACGUGUCUGAUCUCCUGUCUGAUAGCGCUGAUAUUCGUGCAGUCCUCCGGGAACUACUGGCUGGCUCUGUUUGACGGGUUCGCGGCUUCAAUUCCGCUGCUGGUUAUCGCGUUCUGCGAGAUCUUCGCUGUGGUUUACGUCUAUGGCAUUGACAGGUUUAACGAGGACCUUAAAUUUAUGGUCGGACACAAGCCCAACAUCUUCUGGCAGGCAACGUGGAGAGUCCUGAGUCCUCUCAUCCUGCUGGUCAUCCUGGUGUUCUACUUCGUCGUCACUGUUAGCAAAAAGCUAACCUACAUAGUCUGGGACCCUGAAGCGUCGGUAUUCCCGACACUGGCCCAACAGACGUAUCCGGACUGGAUCAGCGGCAUCAUCUUCAUCCUGGCUGGAAUCCCCUGCCUGGCUAUUCCCGGCGCCGCCAUCUUCAUGGCCGUCUAUAAGCGCUGCUGUAAGAAGGAGCAACGAUACUCUGAUGACAGGCUCAGCACCAUAUCCGACAAAGUGGCCAUGACCGUCGCUACGUCCAGUUACUAACGGAGAUACGAGUAAACACCGGACGCGUCCCGAUACGGUUUAAUAUAUAAGACUGAAAAAUCUCGAAAUGUCCUGAAAGAACUGAUGGUGGAGGAGUGUGUUCACACAGGGCAGGGCGAAUUCGGCACCAGCAGAACCCGGACAAACCUGAACCCGUGUUUUAUACUUAUCAUAAUUUAAAUAAAGCUCCAGAGUGACUCAUUUAAAUAAUUUAUAUCUGAAGUGUAUUAAAUUUUAAUCUCAGAUUAAAACAGUUCUGAUAUUUUAGUGUUUAUGUUUUGUAUGUAUUUAUUAUGAUUGUAUGUAUUGGUAAUUAAUAAAUGAUGUAAUAAAGAGUUUAUAUCA